AUGGGUGAACUAGUGGUAGACAUACAUAACAGAUGCACCAGGGUAAAAUGUAAAUGUGCAGGAAAUAAACAAAUCUUAACCGCAAAAGCUGGAUCUCUAAGCGGAAUUAAAGGUUUUGGUUAUUGUACUCAUGAGGUCAUUGGAAAAGCCCAAAUAUCUAUUGUAACCUGGCGAACAGUUGAACUUGCAAGAAAAGGAUUCUUUCGUCCAUUUGAAGGCGCAAGAUCUUUAACUGUUUACUAUCACUCCAGGUUCGAUGGUAAAAAGAAUCUCAUAAAGAAGCCUCUUUUCAUAAGAGUAAAAUAUGAGGGAAACAAAACAUAUUGGUUUGAGAGUCUUGGAAGUUAUGAUAACAAACGAUGGAGAAGACUUGAUCAAAGCGAGUUAAAUGGUUUUCCUGGAGACGAUAGUUAUGCUGAUAAGGCUGAAUUUGAGGAAAGGCUAAAGGAAGUUGCAUGUAGAUUGUUUCUGUUUCAUAUAAUAAGAAUAGACUUAUAUCAGAAGAAUAGUUACCUAUGUCCAAUAUGUACUCGGCAUAUUAAUGUGGAGUUUCGACAAGAGAGUCAUCCUGUUAUAUCUGGAUAUAAAAGGUACAGCUAUGAGGGGUUCACUAAUAACUUUGUGCUUGUCCAUAAGGGAACUCAACUAACCUAUAGGAAGAGGUCAUUAAUAACAGGACUUGGUUACUUUCUCCCAAUUAGGGUCGAAAAGGAUUACAUUGAUAAGGUCUCUGUUUACUACUGGGAUGGAGAUGUUGACCAUAGCAAGCCACUUUUACUUCAGAUUAUAACUACAGGAGAUGUUUCUUACUGGUUUGAGAAUUUCGGUAAACCAGGGGGGAAAUAUGAUAAAUGGAAAGCUAUAGGGAAUGCGGAAUCUAAUGGGUUUAAUUAUUAUGGUUAUCAGCUUAAGGAGAGAUUGGAUGUUCUUAACUGUAUUUAUAAUGAGGUUGUUCAAAUUGAUAUUGGGAAGCAAGUUUGUCAUAACUCUAAGCAUUAUUUACACAGAAACAGGAUGACAUAUACUUGCGGAGAAGAAUAUGGUACAUAUCCAGUAAUCCAUGCUUAUAGGUAUCAGCCAAGUAGAAGCUUCAGUAGAGGGGUGUUUGAUAUCUCGGAUGUCACUGUUAAUGGUCAACAUCAGAAAUUCCAGGAUAAUCCACUACCAUUACAGGGAGUUACCAGGUUAAUGGCAUAUAUAUCUCCUUGUGAUAAGGAAAAGCCGUUUCUCAUAUGUGUAGAGUAUGGUAAAAGUGUUAAUACCAGAGAGAAUAAUACUUAUAAAUGGUACUAUAGAAAAAGCAAAGGAGAUGAGUGGGAGGUGUACCCAGAAUUUACUUCUAUCCAGUCUCCUCGUCAUGUUAAAACCAAACUUGGAGAUAUUUUAGAUGGGCUUAGAGAUACCCUCGGAUUACAGGAGUGUAAUGUAAUAACUGAGGCUGAGGGUAUACAGAUUGAUGUGAGUAAGACGGUAGAUCCAGGAUAUUUUACCACAUACUAUUAUGAAUCUACAGUAACCCAAAAGAAAUAUUCCAUGUUUUUAAAUAAAACAGAAAGAUAUCCUCUAUUUGGUUUCUUUAUGAAUACUCAUAGGGCAAAUACUACGAGUAAAACUUUUACUUUAGGCAAAUUUUUGCAAGGUAAGGGUUAUAUAGUAGCAGGUAAAAAGACUCCUGGUGUAGAGAAUGUACAAGUGUAUUUCUGGCAGGGAUCUCCUAAUAUACCAAUCCUACUCGGAAUUAAGCAACAAAAUAAAGAUCCUAAAUACUAUGGAAAACUUGUGAGUGGAGACACUUGGGGUGACGAUCAAGUGAAUAAGAUGGAUAAACAACAGGCACUGGAUCACCAAAACUGUCAGAUUAACGGUGCUAUUCCCAUUGAGUUGACAAAUCCUGAAGAUCUUCAAGGAUUCCAAUCUAAAGACAAACAAUCUAGUUGUAUGAGGUAUAAGUUUGUACGUAAAUCUGUACAACCACAACUUCCACUCGGAGCUGCUGAGACAUACACUGGAAUAGGAUAUCAAAUUCCAGAUAAGACAAAAAUCUCUAGGGUUACAUAUGGUCUUAAUCCCACUAACAUAACUCCUCCAUACCAAGAAGAAAAACCCUUAUUACAUAUUUACCGCUGGAAAAAUUCCGGAAUACCUCUCCUUGUUGAGUUUAUCACUACACCCAAUGAAUCUGAUUGGUUUGAAAACAUUAAUAGGGAUAGUCUUAGCUGGAAACAUAUCCAUAAGAUAGAAGCGGAUGGAUUUUAUACUACAGGAGACUCAAAUCCCAAACUUACCGAGAAUUUUACCAAGAAGAUAAAUGAGGUUAACUGCAGAGUGCACAGUGUUGUUCAGCUAGAUAUUUCGCUGCAAACAGGGAGCUACUGUCAUAGUCAUAGCGGUAGGAUUAAGGUUACCAAAGAACAAUUAUCUGCAUAUUCUGGUUUUAUUGGUUACAGUCAUGAGCCUACAACUGAGGAUAAUACUUUCAUAGUUUCGUCCAUAUUCUAUGGGAUUCAUAGGCAAGAUACUGGUAAAUUGACUCUUCCUAUAAGAAAUGUUUCAAAGGUCACUGUCUAUUUUCCGGAAUGUAACACCACAAUUCCACUUUUGAUACAUAUUAAAUAUGAUAAAGAAAAGGAAACAUGGUUAAAGAAAACAAAUGACUAUCACAACUGGGAAGAUGUUACUAACGAAAUCCCUGGUGUUAGAACUAACGAAAAAAUUAGGAAUAUUCUGGAACAGGUAAAAGGAGAAACGAAUGCAUGCACAAAACCUAAAACACUUCCUAUACUAAGACAUAGUAGAGUAACAAGUUCUGACACAGGAAAUGCAAAUGAUCCAGCUUUUGGACCAGGACAACAGAUCUCAGAUCAGAAUAAUGGAGAUAAACUAGAUAGCCUAAAUGACAUAUUUAAUGAUACAGAUAUUCUUUAUCAAGAGAGUUUAGAGUUUUUUGGGCCAGAUGACGAAGAAGAGGAUACAAGAAUAAAAAAUGAACAAGCCACUCAUACAUUUGUCAGUGAUUCUCAAUCUUCCAUUAUGGCUCAAUUACUUAAACAUAAUCCCUAUCUUUCCGGCACUAGUAUAAUUAGUCUAUCUCAAGCAGCUUUCACUACACCUAAGGUUAUAAUUGACAUCAAGAAGAGUCCUGAUAAGGAAUAUACUUAUACAGUAAGCAAUAUUGGGGAGGUUUUUCUGCAAAAGGAUGAAGAUCCAUACGGUUCGGGGUUUAACAGAUUCCUGCAUGUCUCUAAUGAGGAUAUACCAUUUGAGGUCGAGAAAGUUGAGUAUAAUGGUGAUGGAAAAAGGGAUAUAAAACCAAAUGGAUUAAUAGAGAGCUAUUCCGUAUGGUAUUGGAAAAAUGACAAUGGAAUGAUAAAUCCACUUUUGGUAGAAAUUGAGAAAUCUGACAAUACUUAUGAAUAUCAUUACAACAAGGGGGGUAAUGAGUGGACUGAGCUUCAGGAAAAUACUCUACCUCCAUUCAAAGAUGAGCCCCUUGAGACUCAACUUGAUGGCCUCAACUGCUAUCUCAACCAAGCUGUUACCAUGGAUCUGUCUGAAUCCAGGAAGAAUGGAGGGCCCUAUUGUUGUAGUUACCAUGAGAGGACUAGUUUAAAGAAGGUUAGUGUUACUAGUGGUUCAGUUAAUGCUCCUGGUUCUGGUACCACAAGGUCUAUUCCAUACUACAAGCAUGAAAUUUCUGGUGGGACUAAGCUAUCAAAGAUAAAGUACUAUAUUGGUGAUGACACUGUUGGAAGUAAAAGAAAGAGUAUAAAGAUUCCUGGCCUUAAAAGUUCUGCAAACGAUUCUGUAAAGAUAUAUGUGUUUUAUUGUUCUAAGGAUAAUCCGGUACUCAUAUAUCUCGACUCAUCUCAACAUGUUAAAGGUUGGUACAGGAAAGACAAGAGCAGCGAUGAAAAACCAUGGAUAAAAGUCUUGGAUAAUCUCUCCACUAAAACACCAGAUAAUAUUAAAAGUUGCAACGAUGAAUUCAAUGAACUUGUGAGUAUACUAAAUUCGUUUGGGUGUGACAACUAUCAAAAAUGUUCUGAUAAUUCCGAUGCAAAAAUUCAAGUACAAGCACAAACAGAUUCUGGAGUGACAGUAGAGCUUAGACAAAAGUCUGGAAACUAUUCUGGAAGUCCAAGUGGAAAGAACAAAAUUAAUGUAGCAGCAUCCGAAGGACCAAAAAACUUCGAUAAGUAUAUUCACACAAUAACAACAUCAUCAAAGCUUGCAGAAAUUAAAGAUGACCAAGAUAGUACUAUAAAAGGGCCUACGGGAAAUAAUGUAUCACUAGUUGCAGCUUAUUAUUGGAAACAUGGGACUAGUAAGAAUCCACUAUUGAUCGAGGUAGAAGAUAAUGGAAACUAUACUUAUUAUGCAAACAGUAAGACAGAUCCUUGGAAGGUUUAUGAUACUAAAAAAUCUGGACAACUUGAUCAGGCUGAGUUAGAGAAGAAACUUACUUUGCUCAAUUGUGAGAUGAAUAACGUUGUUCAAAUAGAUGUUAACAGGACAGAGGGACUAUAUUGUCAUGAACCCGGAGAUUCUCAAAGUCUUCACAAAGAUAAGAAGGUUAAGGUUACUGAGACAGGACAGGGUCAACUUGGAAAGUAUACUGCUUAUUCUCAUACCCCAACUAAUGGAGGAGGAACAUUUAAUAUAUCUGAGCUCAAAAAAGGAGAUAACGUAACACUAACGGGCAUACGAACUCCCGUUAAGAAUGCUUCUGAGGUCGUUGUUUAUAUGUGUCCUAAAAAUGGUAACACUCCUCUUCUCAUUUAUGUGAAAGAAGGCGGUGGUACCAAGAAGUGGUUUAAGAUAUUAGAUUGUGAUUCAAGUGUAAGUACUUGGGAGCGUACAUAUAGCUUAAAUGAUAAGAAAGACACCGAUCAUAGUUCCAUAGUAAACUUUUUGGACGAACUCAAUAGCACAUGCAAACCCCCAGCCAUAACUAUUGACAUUUAUGAGAGAUCUGGAACUGGAAAGCAUACUAUUUAUGGAGGUAACUCUUCAAACGUAUACAUAACUCCAAAUUCUAGUAUAGCUGAGUUUACUGACUCUACCUACAAAGUACAUGGUAGGAACUACUUUACACUCCAGGGUAUAAACUAUAGUAAUAAACCUACUUCUGGAAUUAUAUAUAAUGGAAGUUGCAUCUCAAAGGUCACAUCGGUCUCAGUCUUCUACUGGUCUCAUUUGGAAAAUGAUUCUAGGAAAGGCCCUCCAGAUGAUAGAGGUAAACCUCUUCUCGUUAAGAUAACUACUCAGGACCAUAUCGGAAAAAACAAAGUGGAUAGUUACUAUGAAAAUACUGAUCCUAAGGAAAAUCUAAGUUGGAAGCGUGCUACCGGAGAUCUGCCCGACCAACUUGAGAAAAAACUCAAACUUCUCAAUUGUAGAUUUAACAACGCAAUUGUUAUCGACAUAAAUCAGAAGAGCACUCCUGGACAUUAUGAUGCUUGUGAGACAACUGCUAGGACUAGCAUGGAUCCUAAUCAUGCUACUGACAAGAUGAAAGUUGAUCAGGAUCCUGGCGACACCGGUAAACUACUAAACUACAAGGUUUAUAAGCAUACUCUGAAUGGUAAUGGAAAAUUCCACGUAACAGAAUUCAUUAAUAAUGGUGCUACUUCUAGGGAAACUCUUAAUGGAAUAUCACCUUUGCCCAUUCUAGAUGUGACUGAAGUAAAAGUAUACAUAUGUGAAAAGGAUGAGAGGCCUCUUCUCUUGUACUACAGGAAUGGUGGGAACCAUCACUGGUAUAAGAACAAGGAUACCGGUAAUAGUAAUACUGGUGAAUGGGAAAAGGAAACAUCUGAAUUAUCCACAAGUGAUGAUACCAAUCAGUACGAAAAAAUUCUCGAUGUACUCAAUGGUCUUGAUAGUAGCUGUAGAUCUGAUACCCCUCAAGCCUCUGCUCUUGGUCUUGAACUUGCUACGGGUUCUGCACUAGCUGGAUAUGUCUCUUCAGGUGUUUUUGCCGGAGCUGGUGGUCUUACUGGACUUGGUUGGUGGGCAUUUAAACGUACUAAAGGAGACCCUUGGGUUAGACAGAUUUGA